CGCCCCCUGGCGGGCACGGCGCCGGUCCCGCGGCCGGCAGGGGGCGCGGCGGCGCGCGGCGGCGGCCAUGUCGGAGCUGGCGCGGGAGGAGCUGUCGGCGCUCGCCGCCAUCUACUGCGAGCCGGGCGCCUGCGAGGUGCUGGCGGCCUCAGAGACUCAUGGAAUCUCAUUUAGAAUUCAAAUCAGUGUGAAAGACCUGCUGGAUAAGGAUAUACUUUUAAAGCUGUUAUUUCAUUUACCAGUCAGUUACCCAUCAACUCUACCAGAUAUUUCUGUUAACUCAGACCAGCUUACAAGGGCUCAGUGUAUGGAUGUGAAAGAGAAAUUACUUGAACAGGCAAAGAAGCAUCUUUCUGAACCCAUGGUACACGAUCUGAUCCUUUGGGUACAGCAGCAUCUUAAAGAUGUCAUUAAGCAAUCAGCAACAGUUUGCAAUGAAAAAACUACUUUGUCAAAAGGAACAGAAGAUGGUAUCUGGAUGCUCCUUUUGCAUUUAGAUCACAUGAGAGCAAAGGCAAAAUAUGUGAAAACUGUGGAAAAAUGGGCUUCAAAUCUAAGGCUGACUGGAAGACUGAUGUUCAUGGGCAAGAUAAUAUUGAUUCUUCUUCAGGGUGACAGGAGCAGCAUUAAGGAGUACUUGAUUCUUCAGAAAACUUCUAAGGUAGAUGUGGACUCAAGUGGAAAGAAAUGCAAAGAGAAAAUGAUGAGAGUACUGUGUGAGACAGAAGUACAGUCACAGCAUAAAAGGUUUCAGACGUUUGAAGUCAAAGAAUAUUCAACACCGGAGGAGCUACAAAAGGAAUUUGAAACUGCAGGACUUACAACUCUUUUCUCUGAGUCUGUGCCUCCUCUCCUAAAAUAAAAUUAAAAGAAAGCCCUGGACUUUUGACCAAAGCAGUGGUUGACUGCAGAUGCUGAUGGAAGAUAAAAGGACUAAUGUAGCAAAACAAUGUUAAAAAAUACCAGUAGUAGUCAUCCCUUUGCAAGAAGAAGGCAAUUAAUACAUUAAGAACUGAUUUUUUUUUUUACGUUUAUGUAUUAAAAACUUUUUCUAACCAC